AGCGAGGAAGCUGCGAGCUUUGAGCACGGGCAGCUGGUAUCGCAGCACAGAUAUGAAGGCAUUGAGGCCUUUGAGUGUGCCGCCGAGGCGACCUCUGCCUCCAUUCGCGACAAAACCCUCGGGUCCCUCGCCGUCGGCCGCUGGCCGGUCGGCGCCUCCCAAACCACAGAAGAAGAUGCCACCACCUUCGGCACAGAAACGUCGGAAGGCCCACUCUGACCCGUAAGCCCAGCAAAUGAAGAUUCCAAUGGUGGCAUGGCAACACGGCUGAAUCCACUCCACAAGUUGUUGUUUGCUGUACCAGGCGGAGUGCGAGCAAUGUUGUGCAGUCGUUUCUGAGCAAACAGGACGAUUUUGUGGCCGAGGCCGACCGACAGAAGGUGACGGAGCUCGAGGCAUCUGCAGAUUGCAAUGGGGGGCCCUGACUGAGGAUGCUCCCGUCCGAGGGGUGUGUCUGUGCGUGUGUGUGCGUGUGUUGUGGCCACCAGGUCCGUGAUGUGUUGCGCAAGGUGCUGGCCAAGGGUCUUCUCGAGAUGAAGCAAGCCGGCACACUCAGGGAGGCCAAAGUCCGAGACCCACAGGUGCGGUGCGCACGGUCGCUCGUCCUCUUCCACGAUACACACACAUCAAAGACAUCCUGCACUACGGAUCCCUCUCUCUCUCUCUCUCUCUCUCUGUGUGUGUGUGUGUGUGUGUGUGUGUAUGGUCACCGACCAAUCGUUCUGUCUGUCUGUCCCCCCUCAGGACUACGCCCGUCGUAUCGAGGACACGUUGUUCAGCCGCUACUACCGCACCGCCACCGAGUACAAGAAACGCGCUCGGGUGCUCAAGUUCAAUCUCGACAGCGCCAAGCCCGAGGUGAGUGAGGUGGAAGGGGCGAAGCAGACAAGACAUACAGACAGACAGACAGACGGGGAUGUCUGUGUGGUGUUGGUUGGUUGGUCGUCAGAAUUCGUCAGUGCGCCGGCGGGUGCUGACGCUGCAGCUGUCGCUGGAUGACCUCGCCUUCAAAGCCACGGCCAAGGUAAGCAACGGCCGGCAGCGGAAGCAGCAAGCUCUCACUCUCGGCCCCCUCGUCAGGACUUGGCUCCCGAUUCGUUGGCUCAGCGUCGCAGCGAGUUGCACGAGCAGCAGCUGCAGAACUCACUCAUCACCGACAACAUGAUGCCGCGGAAACGGACAGUCAUGGUAAAUAAACCAGCCAGUCAGUCAGACAGACACGCAAAGGCCAGUCGAAACAACACUCAUCACACCUCUCUCUCUCCCCCUGUUCCUCCUUCCUCCCCAUCCACACGCCGACAGGAUGCCAAGCGCACUGGCGGCAUAGACGAGUUCAUGGAGUCCACCGACUCGUUUGGGCCCUCUCGCGCCUCACCCCCUGCCCCACCCCCCCGUCCUCACCACCCCGCCCCUCACAAGAAGCGAGAGAGAGACGAGGAUUCCGACAGCGACGGCGUCUCUGUGAUAGAGAUCGAUAUGGACGAGAUCAUCCGCGAUGCGCAGACCAACAUGGCCAACUCUGGGGGGCCAGGGGGUGCCGCUGCCGGGGCUCCUGCGGCUGGUGGCGGUAGUGGUGGUGGUGUGGACAAGGGCAUGACAAAGGCGCGUCAGGCCACCAGCCUGAAGGUGGUCAAGAAGGACCUGGGCAAGCUCAAGGGUGCGAUGAAGAGCAAGCCGUCUCAGCCACCCUUCAGCAAGGGCGGCCCGUCCGCACAGAGUGGUGGCAGGAAUAAGCCGCUGCCCUCGCCAUCCCGGUCGUUGCAGCCCAACACGAAGCGGCCCGCCGCCAAGGUGCCGGCCAAGAAGCGCGCAGCGAUACUCAUCCGCCAGGACGACAUCGUGCCCAAGAAGAAGAGCGGCCCGGCUGGUGGCAGGGAUGCAACACUCGGGGUGGUCGAGGGCGGCCCCCCUGACCUCACACUGCACCCCGACAAUCCGGGUGGGUGAUGUGGGGUGGGCGAGGUGAAACAAACAGACAUGAGGUUCCAUCCAUGCACUGCGCACUGGUGUCUUUGUUGUCUUGUGUCUUGGUGUGUGUGCUGUAGAGGUGAUCAGCCGGCUGCUGGCAUUGCUCAACCAGGGGGAGGAGGGGGGCGGCGGGGUGGGGGGCAAAAAGAGGAGGAUAGCGAACGGUGUGAGUGAGGGCAGGGGCGAGGAGAAGAAGGCGCGCGUGGGUGCUGUGGGUGCUGGUGUGGGCGCUGGGGUGUCGCGGUCGUUCAAGGCUGAGAUGGAGAUGCUGAGUGUGCGACGGCACGCAGAGGACGCCCCUGAGGUCGAGAAGCGCCUCGAUGCGCUCUUCUCCACCACACCUGAACUUGACGAACUCAUGGAAGGUACGGUACGCUCGACACACAGACAGACAUGUCGGACACAACAAACCACACACACCCACUUGAACCACAUGUGCACAUCGACCAUCCUCACACCCACCUGUGGUGUGUGCUGUGUGUUGUGUGUCCACAGGCGACGAGACGCCUCCCCCCGCACCGCAGUCGCCCUCCCUGUCCAUCGCAAAGCCUCCCACACCCCCACCUGCACCCGCACCUGCACCUGCACCCGCAUCGGCAUCGUCGCGCGAUGAGGCCAUGUCCACCGGCUCACCGCAGUACAGCCCCAGCAAGGCCAUCCUGCCCGGCUCGCGACUCGCCUUAGAUGCGCCUUCCGAGAAGGCUGACGAAGAGACCACCAAGGCGCUGGAGGUGGGGUUGGUUAGCUCUCCACCUGUGCCCGCCCGCAUCAUGCUGUGUGCUGUGUGCUUGCCCGGCCCGUGCCAAUGAAUGUGUUGCUUGCAGGCCCUGUUUCGCGUUGGCGAGAAGCAGCAGCAGCAGCCGAGCAGUGCCGCGGGUGUGGGGGUGGGGGGUGGUGCCGUGCUGUCGUCGUAUCGGCCCACUGCCCCCAUGUCGGUAGCUGCGCGCAGUGGUGGUGGCGGUGGCGUGCGGGUCGAUUUGCCUGGCGGUGUGAGUGAGGAGGAGGUGAGCAAGUGCGGUGUGGAUGCAGUGGCCAAGCGACUCAUAGACAGCGUCAAACAACUGGACGACCCGGCCAGGUACAAACACACACAUCCUCUCUCCGUGUCUUCUUGUAUGUGUGUGCGCGUGUGUGUGCGCGCGUGUACUGUCAGUAUGGCAUAUCAUCUUGGCCGGCUCUUGGCUCGACGCGACGGACUGGUGUAGCCCCCCUCGGUGUCUGUCUAUGCCCGUGAGUGUGCGUUGCGUGAGUGAUGUUGACGUAGGGGUGGGCGGAUGGAUGGAAGAAAGAAUCGAC